AUGUCAAAAAAUUGUCUUGUUAUAUUAUCCGGUUUACCGGGUGCUGGAAAGACUACAUGUGUUAAUCAGUUACAGAUUAAAUUCAGUUUUAAGUAUAAUUGUUUCGUUAUACAUUACGAUGAUUUUCUACCACCAGACUUCGAUAACUUUUCGUUUAAAGAAAUUCGUAAUAAUAUAUUAAGUGCCACAAACAAGUUUCUUGAAACAUUAAUUAAUAAAAAUGAUUCAAGUUUUCAAUUUAUUUCUAAAACUUUUAUUAUUAAUCGAAAUUCAUUACCAAAUUUACUUAUAAUCGAUGAUAAUAUGUAUUAUAGAAGUAUGCGAUAUGAAUUCUUCAAAUUGUCUCGUCAAUUUCAAAUAUCAUUUUGUCAAAUUUUUAUUGAUUUGGAAUUAGAUGUUAUUUUGGAACGAAAUAAACUUCGAUCAAGCAGUGAAAUAAUAUCAGAUGAAAUUAUCAAGAAUAUGUAUAAAAAAUUUGAAAAACCUAUGGAAAAUUGGGAAAAAUAUUCCCUUAUUUUCAAUACUGAUAUUGAUUACACAUUAAUAGCAAAUUUGAUUGAUAGAUCAUUGGAAGAUCCUAAUUGUAAAAUUGAAUUGAAAACUUGUGAAAAACAGGAACAAAGUAUGUUGCAUUUAAUUGAUUUAGAAUUAAGAAAAAUAGUUAAUCGAGAAAUUAAAAAAGUCUGUGGUAAUGAAAAAUCGAUAUAUAUUGGUAAAUUACAAUCUUGGAAAAUAGAUUGUUUUCAGAAAAUCAAAAACAAAGAUAUUUUGAUUGAUAACGUCGAUAAUUUAGAAAGUUUUGUAGAGAAUUUAUUUAUUCGUUAUUUUUAA